AUGGCACCCAACAACCCAGUCACUCAGCGGGGUGAAGGGGUACUCGCCCUGGACUGGGAAACUUGGUUCCUGAAGACAUUUGAUGACAUCUGCCAGCAGUUCUGGAGGAGAGUGGAGGUGCGGAGUCGGCAACCGACUAUACCUGCUCCCAAGACGCAACAGACAGGCAGAGCUCUGGCACGGCACCCUACUCCCAAGCGGAGGAUCAAGUGGCCCCGAACAUCAGCCUGUAGAAAGCGUAAGCGGAGGAUACACCGCCGCCCAAGACCAUGGGACUUACACCCCACGGCGGACCCCUCCAAGAACAGCAUAGGACCCCAGCAUGAUCCAGGUUGGAGAGGGUGA